UGAACUUCUGCCAGUUAGAGAAAGAAAAAGUGCAAGACGGAGAGAAAGUUAAUUCUGUAGGAAUGCAACAUCUCCACAAUUCACUCUGUUCCCCCGAGAGAGGAAAGACUCCAGAGCACCUGGAGUUAAGGGAUCUUAAUGCUUAAAUACACAAUUAGACUUCAGGUUACAGACAUGCACGCACCUCCCAGAGUACACACAGCAGUCUAGUGCUGCCCUGCUGGAGUUUCUCACUUUAUUGACAUGGAACCUGCUGCAGCACUCGGGGCUGGAUGUUUCCUCUCACUUCUGAGGACAGAGGACUUUGUAGAUUUGCAGCCUUCAGACAAUAUUUGGCUUUUUGACUUUUGAAGUUUUGGUUUUACUUUUUGAAAAAUGGCUAAAAGUCUGUAUGCACAUCUCAGCCCACAGCAAGUGACAGUUGCUCACUGGAAAAGACCUGAUGCAACUACUGAUUUAUUUGAAAUGAUUGAGAAAAUGCAGAGCAACAGAAUGGAUGAGCAACGAUGCACUCUUCCUCCUCCUCUCAAAACCGAGGAAGACUACAUCCCUUACCCCAGCGUCCAUGAGGUUCUCGGCAGAAAGAGUCCAUUUCCCUUGAUUCUGCUGCCCCAGUUCGGGGGUUAUUGGAUUGAAGGGACCAAUCAUGAGCUGAGCAAUGGGAUCGACCUGGACCAGCUCCUUUCUCCCAACUUCCGCUUCAAACUGGAGUGCAACACCACCGCUAAGAUCUACAGGAAGCAUUUUCUGGGCAAAGAACACUUUAAUUACUAUACAGUGGACAGUGCCCUGGGCCACCUGGUGUUCUCCAUGAAAUAUGAUGUUAUCGGGGACCAAGAGCAUCUCCGUCUCAUGCUCAGAACAAAAAUGAAAACAUAUCACGACGUGAUUCCAAUAUCUUGUCUGACCGAAUUCCCCAACAUUGUCCAGAUGGCCAAGCUUGUCUGUGAAGAGGUGAAUGUGGACCGAUUUUUCCCGGUGCUUUACCCAAAGGCCUCCAGGCUCAUCGUCACUUUCGACGAACACGUCAUAAGCAACAACUUCAAGUUUGGAGUCAUUUAUCAGAAGUUUGGACAGACCUCAGAGGAGGAGUUGUUUGGGAAUAGCGAGGAGAGUCCUGCUUUGGUGGAGUUUUUAGAGUUUCUGGGACAGAAAAUCGAGCUCCAUGACUUCAAAGGGUUUCGUGGAGGAUUGGACGUGACACAUGGACAGACAGGCUCUGAAUCUGUGUACCACAAUUUCCACAACAAGGAGAUCAUGUUCCACGUGUCAACUAAGCUGCCUUUCACAGAGGGCGAUACACAGCAGCUACAAAGGAAGAGGCAUAUAGGAAACGACAUUGUGGCCAUCGUGUUUCAAGACGAGAACACUCCAUUUGUGCCAGACAUGAUUGCCUCCAACUUCCUGCAUGCUUAUGUAGUGGUGCAAGUUGGAAAUGCCUGUUCUGACAACGUCCUGUACAAGGUUUCAGUAACAGCGAGAGAUGAUGUCCCCUUCUUCGGACCACCCCUCCCCAACCCAGCCAUUUUUAAGAAAGGCCCAGAGUUUCAUGAAUUCUUGUUUACCAAGCUAAUCAAUGCUGAAUACGCUUGUUACAAAGCUGAAAAAUUUGCCAAAUUAGAGGAGCGUACCCGGUCUGCUCUGCUGGAGACGCUGUACGAGGAGCUGCACAUCAACAGUCAGGCUAUGAUGGGGCUGGGAGGAGAGGAGGACAAACUGGAGAAUGGAGGAGGAGGGGGAGGGGGCUUCUUUGAGUCUUUCAAGCGGGUGAUCCGCAGCAGGAGCCAGUCUCUGGACACCAUGGGCCUCAAUAUCAGGAAGUACACAGUCUCCAAUAGUCACAGCGGCAGUUUCACCCACAACAACAACAACCACCACUCACCAGAGACCCCCAAAUCCCCUGGGAUAGUAAGUAACCCCCCGCCCUACUGGCUUUCCAAUGGGCCAAACUAUGCUAGUCCCCUCACUUCCCUCCACUUUGAGUCAUUGCUUGUCCCAGGCAAAAGUCCCAGUAAAUAUGGACGGCGUGGCAGUGCCAUAGGAAUAGGAACCAUAGAAGAGUCUUUGAUCAUUCCGGGAAAAAGCCCAACUAGGAAAAAGUCAGGACCUUUCAGCUCUCGACGUAGCAGUGCAAUUGGCAUUGAGAACAUCCAGGAGGUCCAGGAGAAGAGCAGUAGAGAGUGCUCCCCCAGCACACAGAAGACUCCUGACAGUGGCCACGCCUCCCAGGACCCCAAGUCUGAAAACUCCUCCAAUCAGAGCUCUCCUGAGGUCCUCAUCACCAAGAACAGCUCAAGCAUCUACUGCCGGGCUCCCUCCAUUCCUGAGGCUCAUGACCUGUCCCGCUCCUCCUCUAACGCAAGCAGCUUUGCUAGUGUAGUAGAGGAGAAUGAAACCACAGAGGCCACAGAGGACUAUGACACUGGCAUGGAGAGUCUGUCAUCAGCAGAUACUCCUCAUAAACGAGACUCGUUCACAUACAGCACAUGGCUGGAGGACAACAUGAGCACUGCCAGUACAACCAGCAGGGGGAGCUCACCUGCCGGGAAAACAGAUGGUGGAAAGAACCAGGAGCAGAACCGUACAGACAUCCGCAUCAAACUUGAGCGACCGCAUGACCACAAGUCCACAUCUAACUGCUAGCCCCUCCUGCUUGACUGCCUGGACAUCCAUCAACAGCAUUUCCAUUAGAAACACCUUAGAGAGAAAAGGAGAACUGGAGUUUAUGCCGUUACUUGAUGAAGAAGAGGAUGACGAUGAUGUACAUGCCCCAGAACCACAAUCAUGUGACCAUACCUCCAUCAGGACACUCA